CGGAGACACGGGACCGACUGUCUCGUCGCGUCGUUAGGGUUCCUGCGGAGCGAAGACCAGAUCUCCCGUACCCGCCAGGAUGACGAAACGCACCAAGAAGGCUGGAAUUGUUGGAAAAUAUGGUACCAGAUAUGGUGCUAGUUUGCGCAAGCAAAUAAAGAAAAUGGAAGUUUCUCAGCAUGCAAAGUAUUUCUGCGAGUUCUGUGGAAAGUAUGCCGUGAAAAGAAAAGCAGUUGGGAUUUGGGGAUGCAAAGAUUGCGGUAAGGUCAAGGCUGGUGGUGCGUAUACCUUGAACACUGCUAGUGCUGUGACUGUGAGGAGCACCAUUCGUCGGUUGAGGGAACAAACUGAAGGGUGAUGAUGCACAGAAGGUGAUCGGACAAUUUUUGGUAGAAAGGUGGUUUCACUAUCAGCAACUUGGUGUUUGGUUCCGUUGUAACUGGAGAAUUGGUGCUUUAACCAGUGUCGUUGAGACUUUGGAUUGACGGGCGUCUUUCGUUGAUUUUAGUAGUUAUUUAACUUUUGAGAGGUCGAUACAUUCAUUCUUGUGCCAUUAUGCUGCUUACUGAUUUUAGUAGUUAUUUAACUUUUGAGAGGUCAAUACAUUCAUUCUCGUGCCA